CUUCGUACUUUGGUGCCUUCAUUUCAUCAAAAUCCUCAACGACAAUGUCCCUGUUCGCUGCAAGGACGACUACAGCGGCUGCGGCGAGAAGAGGCGUCGCUACAGCCUCGACCAGGCGCCUUGUACCGGCCAUGGCAGCUGCGCCGCCACCCAGGCGAUAUGCUACUUCGACUGAGAGCGGACCCAACACCUCUGCCCCUCCGCCUCCUCCUCCCACCACCUCAAACACCUCGACACGUCCCACUUCUUCUUCAAGCAUGCAAGUAGGACCUCUCUUUCUCACCCUUGUCGCAUCAGGUCUCCUCAUCACAACGUACGGCCUCUACUCGUACUACACCUCCUUCUCCACCUGGCCCAAGCCAAUCGCCAACGACCUCCGUGCCGCUAUCAAAGCACGCAGGGCAGGAGAAUAUCGCAAGGCCGAGAGGAAAUUCAGAGCAGCGCUGGAGACUGCAAGGGGAAUGAGCGAGGAGGAGCUGCGUGGCACUGGGCCAAAAGAGGAGGAUGCGGGCAAGUUGAUGAAGACUACCGGCAUUGCUGUAGCGCUCGCGAGCAUGCUCGAAGAGGAGGCUGGGGGUGGACGGGCUCUUUGUGGGGCAUAUGACGUCUAUCUCGAGGCGUGGAAGGAUUGCUUGACCGCCGAGCAGAGCGUUACAGGACGAAGCGGGCCAGAGCGGGCGAGGGCGGUAGCGCUGAGCCAGAAGUUGGGACAAGUGGCGCUCAGGAUUGCAGAGGUGCCCGAUGAUGCGGGCAUGUCGGCUGUCCCAACUGGCGAGUACGCUCAGCACGCUGUCAAGGCUCUGGGUGAUGGAAAGGACAGCCCUCUUCCUCCGCCUACACAGUCCCCUUUGCCAACGCAGGCUGCCGCAAAGGAGGCAGCAGAGAGGCAUUUGGUUUGGACGGUCGAGGAGCUCUUGCGCCUCGCCAUUCCGGGGGAUGUGCAAGCACGGGCGAAAGAUCGGCUCGACGGCGAUUUCGCCUCCUCAUCACAAGGCGCACCUGGAGCAUCAGCGACGACCGUCUCCCUCUCCGAUCUCGACCUCCCUCCCUGGCUCACACGCGUGGACCUCCUCUCCAGCCUCGAAUCCCUGGGCACCUUCUACGCCUCGCAAGGACAGGUUGAGUAUGCCGUCCCUCUCUACCUGCAGGCUUUGGGUAUGCUCAUGCCCCCGGCGUCCUCUUCCAAUCCCACUUCAAAGCCACAACCCAAGCCUACAGUGGCGGAUCGAUGCCAUGCGGCCGUCAUCAUGAACAAUCUCAGCCAGGUCUUCCUCGAAGGCCAGGCGCCCAACGACGAUGAGACGAGGAAGGCGCAAGCGGCUGCAGGUGGCAAGGUGGGGGUGGCCACGUCCUGGGCAAAGAAAGGUCUGGACAUCGUGCAGUCCGUCAAUAAGCAGGUGGGCUGGGAUCUCAACUCUCCUCCGGAAGCACCUUCACAAAGACCUCUCGAAUACGGCGACGAUGCCAACCGUUUGGAGCAGGUCCGUUCAGAGUGCCUGGGAUGCGAGGUUGCUCUCCUGGUCAACCUUGGCGCCCUCGCGAGCUUGAGUGGGGACAAGUGCGAUGCGAGAUCCUACUUGCAGCGAGCGUGGAGACUGGCGGAUCGCGAGGGCAUGAGAGGGGCGAAGGGUAGGGCAGGAAGCUUGUUGAGGGGGUUAGAGAGAUUUGGGACUAGUGAAGGGGGAAAGAAGUGAAUGCGCUCGACAUCCGGUCUGAUCGACGUGCCUGUGUAUCAGUAUCGCAUUGCUCGAAUGGCAACACAUUCCCAGCUCCCCAGCCUCAGUCUCAUCUUGGUCACUUUUCCUCGUUGCUCUCCCUCUCCUUUCCCUCAGCACCUUCUCUCUACGCCCUGUCCUUCUCGGGCAACCCAUCCGGGUACCCGGAGUUGGG